CUCCAGCGUUCCGUGUUUCGUUCCACAAUAAAUUUGUUCACAUACAACUUGCAUAAAGUAUUACAAAAGUUCAGUUAAAUACUUUUACUUCCAACGCGGGCACGUAACAGAGUAACAGAUAUGCGCAUGUGAAUCUCUGCAAUCGGCGUCCGGUUGAUCUGCGAAAAUGAACUUUAAGUUCUACGAUAUAACUAUGUUUUGUAAUUAAUUAUGUACAAGCAUGUGCUACUUAAUAACAUAUUCAGAUUUAUAUGCAAGUUUAUUAUGAAGAUUUAAAAUGCUACGAAUUAUGUAACUAUGAUAAAUAAUUUAUUUUUGGGAAACAAACAAAAUGGGCGAGAUUUACUGCAAGUUAUAUCAGUAUUACUGGUAUUCUAUAUUAUACUCCGAGCUGAAGAUACCUUGGCUUGUUCAGAUGUAAUGACAAACGAUAAAUGCUCAUGCUACACAUUCGAAGAUGCUGUUUUCCUCGAUUGCCAAGAUUCUAAUACAAAGCAAAUAAAAAAUGCUCUGAAGAAAGUAUCCGCCGUACAUUCGUUGUCCAUAAAUGAUCUAGAUGACACUGAGGAAGUUUUGGGACCACAUUUUGUGCCGUUAGGUGUAUGCAUAAAACAUAUACAUAUGUCAAGAACUGGCAUAAGAGAUAUAGAUGAUGAGACUUUUAUGCCACUAAGACAGUGCCUUGAAACGUUAAGUAUUGUGUCAAGUAAAAUUAAAUUUAUACCACAAAAGGCAUUUUCUGGAUUGCUCAAACUGAUUUCAAUCGAACUCACAUCAAAUCACAUUGAGGAUAUUCCAAGUUAUAGUUUCUAUGGUCUUCCAUUAAUGAAAAUAAACAUAAAGCAGAAUAUGAUACGACAUAUUUCAGAUUCCGCGUUUUCUAGUUUAGAUUUAACUCUGUCAGAAAUUGAUUUAAGUGAAAACAAUCUCACUACUUUCCCUAUUAUAUCGAUUGCCAAAUUAAGGCACCUUCGGUCUUUACGGUUGUCUUGGAACGAAAUGUCAUCUUUUCCAGUCGUCGAUGAUUUCGAUUUACCAUCUCUUGAAUUUUUAGAUUUAAGUUCUAAUAAUUUUGAAUUUGUUUCGGAAGACUGCCUUAAAUUUUGUCCGUCCCUGUUAAUAUUAUCGUUUCAUUUUAAUUUCAUAAGUAAUAUACAUUAUCGUGCAUUUCAAUCCUUAAUUCAUCUCAAAUCUUUAGAUUUGAGCCAUAAUAGAAUCAAAGUAUUGAAUACUAAUUUAUUCCUAAAUAACAAGAAAUUAGAAUUUAUUGAUUUGAGCCACAAUCAUUUGCACCAUAUACACGGCCUGUUUUGUAACAUGCCAAUAUUAGCCGAAGUAUUUUUAGGUAACAACAAUAUUUUGGAAGUGCCAAUUGAUUCCUUUUUUAACUCGACUAAAAUUAAUACGAUACAUUUAAAUAAAAAUUGUAUACAUACGAUUCAUAGUAAAAGCUUUAGUGAUUUAGAAGAAUUAGCCACGUUACGUUUAGAUUAUAACUACGUAACUCAAGUGCCACACGAUACUUUUAUUAAUAACAGUAAUAUAACGAUAUUAAGAUUAGACAAUAAUAAUAUUGUAGAUUUAAAAAAUGAUACAUUAUGCUAUCAAUCAAUGCUAAACGAAAUACGUUUAAAUAAUAAUAAUUUAAAAUUCAUAUCAAAAUAUCAUUUUCAUAAUUCAUCGAAAGUUGAAGAAAUUUAUUUGAAUAACAACAAAAUCACCAGCAUUGAUUCUGAAACAUUUUCAAAAAUGUCUCAUUUAAAACAUUUAAGUUUACACGACAAUUAUUUAGUUGAAAUUAAUGACAUAUUACCGAAACCAAGUUCAUCUCUGUUAACAUUUCACAUUGACUCUAAUUUGUUAUCAUCAUUAAAAAGUUUGACAUUUCGUUAUCAACAGAAGCUUUAUCAUCUCAGUUUAACAAAUAAUCACGUAAAAUUUUUAUCAAAAAGUAUAUUUGCUAAUUUGACUUAUUUAACUAGGAUUGAGCUUUACAAUAAUGAAAUAUCUGUAAUUGAUGAUUUUACAUUCCAACAAAUUCGUUCUGCGAGAAUCUUAGACUUACAUAAUAAUUUACUGCGCAAUGUGACAAAUUAUACAUUUGUAGGUCUGUUUGAAUUAGAGGAUUUAAAUUUAUCACACAACAAAAUCACUUUUAUCUAUACCAUGGCAUUCGAUACCUUAAAGAAAAUACGAACCUUAAAUAUAUCAUUUAAUCCGCUUAAAAUACUUUAUAAAAAUCUAUUUCAACAAGGAUUACCAUUGAGUUCAUUAUAUUUAGACAAUUGUGAAAUACAACAAAUAGAAAAUGGCACUUUCGAAGGUAUGAACAAUCUUAAAUAUCUCUCUCUUAAAAAUAAUUCACUGAAAUCCAGCGAAUUGAUUUUCAUUGACAUACCCGGAUUAAAGUUUUUGUCACUUUCUUACAAUAUAUUCGACAACUUACCCGUUGAAUCUUUCUCACAACUUCCUCUUUUAGAAGUUUUAUUUUUAGAACAUUGUAAUAUUGAACAUAUUUUCCAAGGCACUUUUUCUUCCAACAAACAUCUUGUACGUUUAAAUGUAGCACAAAAUAUUAUUAGCGGAAUACCUCCUACAUUAUUUGAAACAUACAAUUCGGUAUCUGAGGUAAAUAUAAGCAAUAAUUUUUUAGAUUAUGUACCUUACAAUACUUUAGAUAACCUUACGCAAAUAGAAAUUUUAGACAUCGCCGAUAACUUGUUACCAAAAAUAGAAUUUAGCGGAUUAGAGAAGUUAAAAAAAUUAAAACAUUUAAUUCUAAGAAAAAAUGAAAUUCAAUCGAUUACUAUGAAGAAAAACGUUAUUUUCAAAGAACUAUUAGAAAUGGAUAUAAGUUUUAAUAAACUGACUGCUGUACCGUCUAUGUUGUUUGAAAAUUUUCCGAAAAUUCAGAACGUUAACAUUUCGUACAACGAUAUCGUGCGAUUUGAUUUUCUAUUGUCACACAAAAUCAAUGGAGUUUCAUUAAUAAGUAUGGACUUAAGUAAAAAUCCUGCAGUGUCAUGGCCUUCAGUAAAUAGUAGAGAUAAUAAUAAUACACUUUUGUCCAAUCUUUAUGAAUUACACAUUUGUUAUACAAACUUAUCUAAUUUAGAUGACGUCACAUUCGAUUCAUUCCUCAGUUUGCAGCAUUUAUACUUAAAGUUUAAUAAAAUAAGGCGUCUAUCUAUAAGUCCUUUUUCAAAAUUAAGUUUCUUAGAAAAUUUAGAUAUGAGCUAUAAUAAAAUAACGCAUGUAAAAACUAGCAACUUUCGCGGCCUCGUUAAGUUGAAUGCUUUAUGUUUAUCCAACAAUUAUAUAGAGUCAAUAGAAACUUUUACUGAAGACCUUAGCAAUUUAAAACUUUUGGAUCUUUCUCAUAAUAGAUUACAAAACAUACUUAACCAAGAUUUAGUAAAUUUAAAGGAACUAACUGUUUUGUACUUAAGUUUUAACAAUAUAAAGUAUAUCUCAGUCACAGCAUUUAACAAUUUGAAUAAAAUUAUACAUAUAGAUCUAGAACACAAUAAACUUCAAACAAUACCAAUUGAUCUGUUUACAAUAAUUGAAAGUCAUAUUCAAGAAAUAUCAAUAAAAGAUAACAUUAUAAUGUGUAGCUGUCAAAGAAAUAAUACAUGGACUUGGAUACAAGAUCAUCCGAAAAUAAUAGACUCUAAUGCGGUGACAUGCCUUAACGACGAAUAUCCUAAGCAGAAGUGUGAUUUUCCGACCAUCACACAAUUGUCCAUUGACAAACAUAAAGAUAAUUCUGUUUCUGUAUCGUGGUUUAUUCGUAAUCGUACUGCUGUUAAAUCACUACAAAUAAUUUACUACGAUGAUGAUAUAACUACCGAUGUGACAUACAGUUAUUUGGAUAAAUCUGAAACGUCUACACUUAUAUCUGAUUUGAUGCCGAAUAAAAACUACAUUGUAUGCAUUUUAACAUUGGAUCUUAAUCCUUUUUCUAAACUAAUUGACGAGGAAAUAUCUGAAGUGAAUGUUUCACUCAAUGAUUUUAAAUUUACAUCUAACAUCAGUCGAAGCUAUGCCGCAACGUUAAUUUCACAGUCCCCUUCUAGCGAAUGUGUUACCUUUGAUACAUUUACAAAGCACUCUAUAAAAAUGAAACCAAAUAAAACCUUUCAUUUAUCGUCAAUACUAAAUCGACGAAUGGGUCUGAUAGUAGGCUGUGCUUUAGGAUUUGUAGUAUUUUUUGUUAUGGUAUCAGUUUUAUUAUACACAAAAAUAAAAGAAAGAAAACGAAUUGCUAAAUCUGACCCAGCGUGGUCAGAAAUGAACGAUUAUCACUCGAUUCAAAGUAAAGAAGAUGUUUUGCAAUCUACUACUGCUUCCACGGAUAAUAUAUUACUAGGCAUGGCAAAAAAUCGGAAAAUGUCUUUAGAACAAUUAAAAUAGAAUGUAGACACACAGCUAUUUAACAUGUUAAGUAGGUCUGAAAGUUGAAGUUGAGUUUUAAGUUUCAUUAAACUGUUAAAUAGUGUUGUAGUUAGCUUAAAGCUGUAAACAAGUUAAUUUAGAUGGUGCAGUAUAGUGAUUGUCAAAAAAUAUAUUACAGGUAUUGAUAAUAUUUACAUAAUUUAGUUUAGUAGCAGUA